CCACACGACAAAGAUCCAGACGUCGAGGGCGAUGUUCACACGCUACGCCACAACGCCACACCAUACCCCGCCAAUUAGCGCCACAGAAGCAUCGAAUUCGCAGCAGCAGACGAAAUUCGGUCGGCUUUUGUGCGUUUGCCUCACGCUUCAUUAUCCUGUCACUUCCUUGCUAGAUCCAGGCCUUCGUUGGCUUAGCUUUGACUCACGGGAUCUCCUAAAAGGCUAGCUGGUUUCUAGGCUCCGCUUUGAGUCUUCGACUGCAGCUUUCGGGACUUUGAACCUCUCCACCCCGCCGCCACAGGAAGUGCUCCCGUCGGCAGCCUACAUAAUACGCACGAGCGCCCACAUUCUCACCCACGAAAAGCGCGACCGACGAAAUGGCGCCAAAGAAGGGCAAGAAGAAGCAGCAGGAGGACGACUGGGAGGCUGAGCUCGGCGAGACCGUCACGACCGAGAACGAUGCCGUUGCACAGGAGGCCAAGGCUAUCGAGGAGAACGGCGCCGAGGAGGAAGCAAGCGGCGGCCUGAUGGCUGCGCUCCAAAGGCGCGGCAAGAAGAAGAACAAGAAGGGCGCAAACACAGAAGUCGAGGGCGAAGACCCACCGGCUCCUGCCGGCGAUGACUUCGCGAACAAGGCGCCGCAGGAGGCCAACUUUGACGACGACGAUGAUGAUGUUUUCGCUGGCAACUACGGCAAGAAGAACAAGAAAGGCGGCGCAGCGGCUAAGGAGGAAGAGCCUGCACCAGCAACGCCUACUGAGGAGGCGCCGCGCAUGAAGACCAAGGCCGAAAAAGAGCGAGAGAAGAAGGAGAAGGAGAAGCAGCGAAAGAAGGAGAUGGCUGCGAAGAAGAAGACCAGUGGCCCUGCAAAGCCCGAAGCGAAGGCCGCCGAGGCCGCACCCGUAGCAGCAGCAGCACCCACCCCUGCUCCUGAGGCCGCAACUGGCGGCAAGAAGAAGAAGGUACCUGCUGCUUUGGCAGCUCUCCAGAAGCAGCAGGAGGCGCUGCGAAAGCAACAAGAGGAGCUUGCUCGUCUCGAUGCCGAAGAGAAGGCCCGCGCUGAGGAGGAGGAGAAGCUCGCAGAGGAGGAGCGCCAGCGCAAGGAGGAGGCCAAGGCGGCCAAGAAGCAGCGCGAGAAGGAGAAGAUCGAGCAGCUCAAGAAGGAGGGCAAAUACUUGACCAAGGCGCAAAAGGAGGCCAAGGCCAAGGCCGACCUGCGCUUGAAGCAGAUGCUCGAGAGCGGUGCCAAGGUUGCGGCGCUUGAAGGCGAGGCGGAGGCGUCCAAGAAGCCCAAGAAGGACGACCGCAAGAAGAGGAAGCAGCAGCAGGAGCAGAAAGAGCGGGAAGCGCGCGAAGCUGAAGAGGCUGCGAAUAAGCUCGCAGAGCUGAAGCUCGCGGAGGAGAAAGCUGCUGCGGAGGCCGAGAAGGCCCGUGCCGAUGCUGAGGCUAAGAAAGGCGACGAACCGCUCGACGAUUGGGAAGCGGCGGCUGAUGAGGAUGACGGUGUCAAGGAUAGCUGGGACGUGGACACAGACGAAGAGGAGGAGAAGAAGGCCGAGGUCGCAAAGGCGGCGGCGGCGAAGGCUGAAGCAGCGGCACCUGCACCUAUGCCAUCAGAGAAGACCGUUGCCAAGCCCGCCGCAACAGGUAGCGACUCUGACUCGGACUCUGAGGAGGAUUCCGACGACGACAGCGAUGACUCCGAGGACGAGCAAGUGACUGCUCACCAGCGCGCCGAAGCUGCUCGCAAGCAGGCCGCGGCCGACCGACGAAAGGAGGCACACGAGGCUGCUCUUGCGGAGCGCUCCAAAGACAACCUGCGAUCCCCCAUUUGCUGUAUUCUCGGUCACGUCGAUACCGGUAAGACAAAACUGCUCGACAAGAUCCGUCAGACCAACGUCCAGGAGGGCGAAGCCGGAGGUAUCACCCAGCAGAUCGGUGCCACCUACUUCCCCGUCGAGGCCUUGGAGAAGAAGGUCGCGGUUGUCAACAAGGACAACAGCUUCAAGUUCAACGUCCCCGGUCUUUUGGUCAUUGACACACCUGGUCACGAGUCUUUCACCAACCUGCGGUCUCGUGGUUCGUCGUUGUGUAACAUUGCCAUCCUUGUCAUCGAUAUCAUGCACGGUCUCGAGCCUCAGACCAUCGAGUCGAUGAAGCUGCUGAGGGGCAGGAAGACGCCUUUCAUUGUCGCCCUCAACAAGAUCGAUCGUCUCUUCGGCUGGAAGAAGAUCGACAACAACGGCUUCGAGGACAGCUUCAACCUGCAGAAGCCCGCGGUCCAGUCCGAGUUCGAGGAGCGUUGGGCGUUUGUGCGCACUCAGCUGGCCGAACAGGGGUUCAACUCUGAGCUGCACUUCAAGAACAAGAGCUUGUCCAAGUACGUGUCGGUGUGCCCCACCUCCGCGCACACGGGUGAGGGUAUCCCCGACAUGAUCAAGCUCAUUGUCAGCCUGACCCAGAGCCGUCUGACCAACAACCUCAUGUACCUGUCCGAGGUCGAGUGCACUGUGCUCGAAGUCAAGGUCAUCGAGGGCCUCGGCACCACCAUUGACGUCAUCCUGUCCAACGGUGUCCUGCACGAGGGCGACCGCAUCGUCGUGUGCGGUAAUCCAGAGCCGAUCGUGACAAACAUUCGUGCGCUCCUCACGCCCGCCGAGAUGAAGGAGCUGCGCGUCAAGUCGGUGUACGUGCACAACAAGGAGGUCAAGGCCGCGAUGGGCAUCAAGAUCGCAGCCGACGGCCUCGACACGGCCAUUGCCGGCUCGCGCCUGCUCGUCGUCGGCCCCAACGACGACGAGGAGGACCUCAUGGACGAGGUCAUGGGCGACCUCGAGCACCUGCUCAGCAACGUGUCCAAGACGGGCCGCGGCGUGUCGGUCCAGGCAUCCACCCUCGGCUCGCUCGAAGCCCUGCUGGAGUUCCUGCGCGUCUCCAAGAUCCCCGUGGCGACCAUCUCGAUCGGCCCCGUAUUCAAAAAGGACGUGCUGCGCGCCGGCGUGAUGCUCGAGAAAGCCAAAGAAUUCGCAGUCAUGCUGUGCUUCGACGUCAAAGUCGACAAGGAAGCCAAGCAGUACGCAGACGAGAUCGGGGUCAAGAUCUUCGAGGCCGACAUCAUCUACCACCUGUUCGACAAGUUCACGGCGCACAUGAAGCAGCUCGAGGAGCAGCGCAAGGAGGAGUCCAAGAUGCUCGCCGUGUUCCCGUGCGUGCUGCGCACCGUCGCCGUGUUCAACAAGAAAGACCCGAUUGUCAUUGGCGUCGACGUGGCCGAGGGCAAUCUGCGCAUGACCACGCCCAUCUGCGCGAUCAAGAAGAACCCGGUUACGGGGCUAAAGGAGGUUAUUAAUCUGGGUCGCGUCACAUCCAUCGAGCGCGACCACAAGCAAAUCCAGAUCUGCAAGCGCGGCGCGCCCUCGGUGGCCGUCAAGAUCGAGGGCGCCAACCAGCCCAUGUACGGGCGGCACCUCGAGGAGACGGACGUGCUGUACAGCGCCAUCACGCGCAAGAGCAUCGACACGCUCAAGGAGUUCUUCCGCAGCGACGUGUCGCAGGAGGAGUGGAAGCUGUUGAUUGAGCUGAAGAAGUUGUUUGAUAUUUCGUAGGCGGCGAGCGCAGCGAGCCGGGUGGGAGGGG